AUGUCUUUAGCCUCCUCCUUUCUACGGUGUCGACCAGUACCUUUCAGAAGUCAGGCUGCCAAUAGUUUCAUCGCUCCUCGCCUUUUCAGAACGUCUAUCAAUAGAUCUUUUCGACAAACGAACAUCAAGUACGCUUCUCCAUCUACAUCUCCGCCACGAUGGAAGGGCCUCGCUGCAAAGCUAUUCUCUCUUAAGAUUAUCACUGCGCCACUUGAUAUUGUCGCCCUUACAAUAGAAAAAUCAUUCGUAUCUCGAUGGCGACUCAUAAGAUUCGCUGCAAAACUUUUCAUUUAUGGGUUCGUUUGUACUUCGAUUUACAAAGGUAUCUAUGAGGUACCGAAGCUGCGUAGAUCUCUUCCACAACGGGAAGCUGGCCUCGGAACGGCUCUACUCUGUGUUCCUGUUGUUAUUUGGUAUUUUGUAGGCUUUUCCGCAAUAUGGAAAGUGCGUGAAUCUCUGUCGCCAUGGACAAGACUCGCUGCACGUUUCUUCAUCUAUGUAUCUCUUCCUAUUUCAAUUCAUACAGUAUUCGAUGUGGGAAGGGAACUUCUCUCUUCAUAUCCAAGAUAUCCACCGUUACUCAGUAAAAAUCUAGAUAAUCCUUUAUCAUAUCAACACAAUGUUUUGCCACAAGGAUACAUUCGGUUGAUCUUCAUCCGGCCUGGGAAACCCGAAGACCCGAUUGAGUUGCAUAUGAACAGUAUUAGAUUUCGCCCACUCGACCAUACGAAAUGGAUUCCUGCGAAGUAUGUCCCCCGAUAUGAGGCGUUGUCAUAUACCUGGGAUGAAGACGAAAAGAAAGAUAAGAUAUCAGUGAUCUUAAAUGGCAAACCCUUCGAUAUUACAUCUAACCUCCAUUCUGCGCUUCUUGCCAUUCGACGUGGCGAUAAUUUCUCGCCAUUCUGGAUAGACGCAAUCUGUAUUGAUCAAAACGAUAAUGUCGAAAAAGAGCAACAGCUGAGAAUUAUGCAUCAAAUUUAUAAAAACGCCACCAAUGUGCGCGUCUGGCUCGGGAGUGACGAUCAAUCUGUUGAUAUACCUGCUGGGUUGGCACUUAUAUCUCACUGUCUUACAGAGUUUGAACAAGUGCGCGGGCGGAAGAAUUCAAAGCUUGAGAGCGACUGGGAUAUUUUGCAUUCCACUUCGUGGACUGCGAUCAGAUGGCGACUUUUUUAUAGGAUACUUAGGGAAUUCAUCUCUGGAACGGAAAUGGAUUUGAAUAUGGUAACAAUAGCAGGACAAUAUCUCAAGGAAGACGAGAAGGACUUUGUCGUACAAAAAAUUGACUGGCACACUGGGCCUGAACAUAGUUCCGGUUGGAAAGCAAUCAGGAAAAUACUUAAUCAUUCCUAUUUCACCAGAUCUUGGAUAAUACAGGAAUUGGUACUCUCUUCCAACCGAUCAAUAUUUGUAGGCGAUUACGACAUAACCGAUAUCCUUCGCUUUGUUCAACUACUGUAUGCGACUCCUGAAAUCCAGAGAGAGCUUCCCUCUGAAUGUCGUAUUGAGCCGGAGGUUACAUGGCGAAUCCACCAACUGAUCGAGAGUAUUAUAGAAUACAAUGGAGCCUUAGAUCUUGCAAAGCUUUUAGCGACCUUUAGGGGGAAAGGUUCCAAAAUGCCAGAGGAUCAGAUAUACAGUCUAUUAGGAUUGACAGCAGAGAAAAAUACUAGCUAUAAUGGGCAUCGCCUUGUACGGUUUCCAGAGAUCGAUUACAGACAAUCGAUCCAGAAGCUGUGCACUGACACGACAAAAUACAUAUUGGCGCAGAAUAAUAACUUGGACGUUCUCCGAAUGGUUAACACACAUGCGAAGCCGAUGAAUGAAGAACAAUGGCCGUCAUGGGUGCCAAAUUUCACGUCACCCCUACCUGGAUUAGGAGAGGCGAAAAGUUCCUGUUGGAGGUUACCACCAGGAGAUGCAUCGCGUACAAGGUUACCUAGGCAGAAGAGGGCCAUUCAUACUGAAAAUGAUAAGUUGCUGAUUUAUGGGCAUGUGCUUAGCGAAAUCAGAAAGCCGAUCAGAGUAGUAGAGAACAAUGGGCGGCGCAACAAAGAGCUAGAACAUGAGAAGCGACCAAUAGGUGAGAGACAACUCCCACUUUUUGAGAUGGAAUUUCUACCAAUGAGCGUUUGGGAAGACAGUGAAGAGCGCGAGGUACAUGGGACAAUUGAUGUCAAAAAGGGGGAUUUGGUGGUUAUGGUUGCGCGUUCGCAGAGUCCGUUGAUUUUGAGGAGGCUGAAAGACGCACAGAGGGGUAAAAAAGGGAAAGAGUGUGAAUGGCCUGAGUACAAUAUAGUCGGGACGGCCUAUAUACCGGAACUCGAUCUUAUUAAAUUUGACCAUCUUGCGCAGAAGAUAAAGUGGGAUUUCCAGAAGAUGGCUAUAGUCUAA